AAAAAAUUGCAUAAGGUCAUUAAAGUAAGUUUUCGCACUUUUACUUUAAUGACUUGUGUUCGGUUUUUUACUUAGUUCAAAAUAUGUAAGAAAUUUCAGUAUACGAAAAACAAAUUGGAAGUAAUUUUCACAAGCUGCUAAGUUACCUAAUAAAAUGAUGGCAUAUUCCAUAUUUCUUCUUAACAUCAUCGCAUUCAUCACAAUAUGUACUUUGGAGCUAGAAGGAUACAUACACUACGCGGUUGGAAAUAACACCGAUAUGGAAGCCGCACUUCUUCUGUACCAAAACUACGAAAAACGAAAGGAAAAGAUGGAAAAUAAAUUGAUCACAGCACUUUGGAACUACAAAACCAACUUAACAGACUACAAUAAAAGAGAAUACAUUAGGAUGAGUGAAGAAAUGAAGACAUUCAUUGCUGAAACAAGGGAAAAUGCCACUUCCUUUGCAUGGAAUAACCUUAACAGUGACACGGCUGCAUAUAAUUGGUUUCUUUUAAUGUCCAUCACAAAACCUGACGAAAAAGUAGUAGAAAAUGCUUCUCAGCUCAAAAAAGUUAUUACUGAAAUGGAAGAAAUUUAUGGAAAAGCUAAGGUAUGCAGCUACCCGUCAACCUUCCUCCAGCCUUGUACAUUAAAAUCAGAGCAAGAUAUAACUGAAGUUAUGAAAGAAUCAAGAAAUUAUCAGGAGCUCCAACAUUUUUGGACUCAGUGGCGAGACGAGACGGGAAAGAAAAUGAGAGGAGAUUAUCUUCGAUACACUGAUCUUAAUAAUGAAAGAAAUCAACUAUUUGGUUACUCAAAUACGCAAUUUGCAGUAGAUGAAGAAUACUUUUUGAUGUGGGAAACUCUCAAGCCAUUAUACAGAGAACUGCAUGCUUAUGUGAGACGAAAGUUAAUUGGAAAAUACUCAGAAUCUUACAUAAAACCUAAUGGUCCUAUACCAGCCCAUUUAUUAGGGAACUUGUGGGCUUAUUCUUGGGGAAAUAUUUUUGACCUUGUUAUACCUUAUCCGAAUAAGAAAUCAGUAGACGUGACAAAGGCAAUGCGGGAAAAGACCUUUUUGAUGUUGGAAACUCUCAAGCCAUUAUACAGAGAACUACAUGCUUAUGUGAGACGAAAGCUAAUUGAAAAAUACUCAGAAUCUUACAUAAAGCCUAAUGGUCCUAUACCAGCCCAUUUAUUGGGGAACUUGUGGGGUUAUUCUUGGGAAAAUAUUUUUGACCUUGCUAUACCUUAUCCGAAUAAGAAAUCAGUAGACGUGACGAAGGCAAUGCGCGAAAAGAAUAUAACUCCUCUGGAUAUGUUCAAGAUGGCCGAAAACUUCUUUACAUCCAUAGGCUUGAUGCCAAUGCCAACAGAAUUCUGGAAUAGAUCCAUUAUCGAAAAGCCCCUCGACAGAGAAAUGGUGUGCCACCCCUCUGCUUGGUAUUUCUAUGAAAGAAACGAUGUUAGAAUUAAGAUGUGCACUACAGUUGAUAUGAAUAACUUAGCCACUGUGCAUCAUGAAAUGGGACACAUAGAAUACUACUUGCAUGUACAAGAUCUUCCUCUUUAUGACAGACAUGGAGCUCAUUCAGCAUUUCAUGAAGCCGUUGGUGACAUGAUAGCUCUCUCUGUAAGAACCACUGAUUACUUAGAACGAAUUGGUCUCUUAGAAGCUACAGACGAUCCAGAAACUGAAAUCAAUAUCCUACUUUACAUGGCAUUAGAAAAAAUAGCAUUUCAGCCAUAUGGAUUGAUCGUAGACCUUUGGAAAUCGAAUAUUUUUAAUGGGUCCACACAUGAAAAUGAACUCAAUAAAGCUUGGUGGAAAUUAAGGCUCGAUUAUCAGGGGUUGUGCCCUCCGGUUUUACGAAGUGAAGAUGAUUUAGAUGCUGGUGCAUUGUACCACGUAGGAGCUGAUACAAGUUACUCAAAGUAUUUUGCAAGUAUAAUAGUUCAGUUUCAAUUUCAUCAAUCUCUUUGUGAGGAAGCCGGUCACAAAGGCCCUCUACAUAAAUGCAGUAUAUAUAAAAACAAAAAAGCUGGAAAACUUCUAAGUGACAUGCUCAAAUUGGGUAGCUCAGUGCCAUGGACAGAAGCCAUGAAACUGAUUACAAAAGGAAAAACUGAUAAAAUGGAUUCUGCCUCAAUUCUGGAAUAUUUUCAACCUCUACAUGCCUGGUUAAAAAAGCAAAAUAGGGGUGAAUUUGUAGGGUGGAACACUAGUGGCGAUCCUAUGAAGUGUCCAUACUUUGGAACGUGCACACAUUUAUGUUAUUUUAACUGUCAUUUAACAGUUAUCAUGGUGCUGUCUUUAAUUCUUCUUCAUGUGUUUUCACUCACGUCUACGUGCCUGCAUGUGUCUGCGGAGUGCGAAAGCAAGCAGGACAAGUAUAUCAGCGGUGACAACUCAGACAUGUCAGAAGCACUCAAGUUUCUCCAAGACAAUGAUCGCAUAACAGAGAAACUUGUCAACAAAUUAGUCAUUGCGCAAUGGAACUAUCAAAGCAAUUUGACGGAACCGAACAAAAAGGAAUACUUGAAGGUUACAGAAGAGUUUGCUAAGUUUAAGAAAGAAACUUGGAAAACUGCAACAUCUUUUGCAUGGAAGAAUUUCAAAGGCCAAAACGAAACAUCUUAUCGAUGGUUUAAAGCUUUAUCUGUCUUGGGAUCAGCUGCUCUGGAUGAAGAAAAGUUUAAAGAACUUACUACCCUAACUGCUGAUAUGGAAGACAUCUAUGCAAAGGCAAAGGUCUGCAGUUAUGGAUCCUCUCCCUCAGAGCCUUGCAGUUUAUCACUUGAACCAGAAUUGACUAAUAUAAUGAAAAAUUCUACAAACUAUGACGAGUUGAAACAUGUUUGGUCACAAUGGAGAGAUGAAACAGGCCGGAAAAUAAAAGAGAAAUUUAUACGAUAUAUCGAACUGUCCAAUGAAGUAGCGUGCAAAAAUGGUUUUUCUGAUGCUGGUGAAAUGUGGCGUGAAGAGUUUGAAAGUGACAAUAUCACAGACGAGUUCGAUCAACUGUGGGAAACAAUCAAGCCAUUUUACGAACAACUUCACGCUUAUGUGAGACAAAAAUUAAUCAAAAAAUAUGGUAACGAUUACAUCAAAGAAAACGGACCUAUCCCCGCUCAUCUGUUGGGUAAUAUGUGGGCUCAAACAUGGGGGAAUAUCUAUGAUACCGUUGCUCCCUAUCCGGAGAAGAAAGCCGUGGAUGUGACAGACGCCAUGAGAAAACAGAAUAUGACGGCAAAAGAUAUGUUUGAAAUAUCUGAGGAAUUCUUCACUUCUCUUGGUUUAAUACCAAUGACUCCCGAAUUCUGGAAUCGCUCAAUUUUAGAAAAGCCUACGGAUAGAGAAAUGGUGUGCCAUGCGUCUGCCUGGGAUUUCUACAACAAUGGAGAUGUCAGGAUUAAAAUGUGCACCAGAGUUGAUAUGGAGGACUUAAUCACCGUGCAUCAUGAAAUGGGACACAUUGAAUAUUACUUACAGUAUAAGGAUCAACCUGUUGUUUUCAGAGAAGGUGCUAAUUCAGGUUUCCAUGAAGCGGUUGGGGAUGUGUUGGCUUUGUCAGUAGCCACUCCCCAUCACAUGAAUAAAAUUGAUCUUUUGGAUGAAGUUUUUGACGACAAAGAAACGGAAAUCAAUAAUCUGAUGAAUAUGGCGCUAGAUAAAAUAGCAUUUGUACCUUUUGGUUUUUUGAUUGAUGCAUGGAGAUGGAAAGUGUUUGAUGCUUCCAUCGAAACAACCGAAUUGAACACGGCUUGGUGGGACAUGAGGCUCAAAUACCAAGGUGUUUGCCCUCCAGUACCCAGAACAGAAAAUGAUUUGGACGCAGCUGCAAAAUAUCAUAUUCCAGCUGAUGUUCCUUAUAUAAGAUAUUUUAUUAGUUAUGUGAUCCAGUUUCAGUUUCACAAGGCCCUUUGCGAUGAAGCUGGUUAUACAGGACCUCUUCAUCAUUGUGAUAUUUAUAAAAACAAGGAGGCUGGAAAACUGUUGAGUGACACACUGAAAUUGGGUAGUUCUGUAUCAUGGAGGGAAGCAAUGAAAGUGAUAACAAAGGGAAAAACUGACAAAAUGGACGCUUCAGCCAUUUUGGAAUACUUUCAGCCUCUCUAUGAUUGGUUGAAAGAGCAAAACAAAAAUGAAACCAUUGGUUGGAAAAGUGAUAAUCCAAUGACGUGUCCAUAAUUUUGGUACCCAAUGGUGUCUCCGAAUGUAAUUUAUUUUUAGCAUUAUGGUUAUUUAUUUCUUAUUCAUAUGUCUCAUUAUAUCAAAGUUAUUGUCAAAAAUAGUAUGCAAAUAAAUUUUAAUACAGAACUUCCUUAAAUUUGCAUUUAUGAUUAUCAAUAAAGUUUUGUACCAAUUCA